CUGUGUGACCCGGAAGUGGUUGUGAGGCGCCGGAGCCCGAGUGCGGCGAGUCUCGCCCUGUUCGCGUUCUCCGGUUCCUAUUCCCAGGCUUGUUCUCGGUCCCUGGUCCUGUUCCCGGUGCCGCUCCCGCCAUGGCCACCGCGCGGGCACCGGCGGUGCGGACCGGGGCCCGGCCCCCCGAGCCCCCCAAGGCCAAGCCUGCCGAGGAGGGCGAGGCACCCCCGGCCAAGCGAGCGCCCAUCUUCUACGGGAGCCUGGAGGAGAAAGAGCGGGAGCGCCUGGCCAAGGGCGAGUCGGGGCUGCUGGGCAAGGAGGGCAUGAAGGCUGCCAUGGAGGCUGGGAACAUCAACAUCAGCAGUGGGGAGGUGUUUGACCUCGAGGACCACAUGAGUGAGCGCCAGGCCGAGGUGCUGGCAGAGUUUGAGCGCCGCAAACGCGCCCGGCAGAUCAACGUGUCCACAGAUGACUCCGAGGUCAAGGCCUGCCUGAGGGCCCUGGGCGAGCCCAUCACGCUCUUCGGAGAGGGGCCUGCGGAGCGCAGGGAGAGGUUAAGGAACAUCCUCUCAGUGGUCGGCACAGAUGCGUUAAAAAAGACCAGGAAAGAUGAUGACAGGUCAAAAAAGUCUAAAGAAGAGUAUCAGCAAACCUGGUACCACGAGGGCCCACGCAGUCUGAAAACAGCCAGGCUGUGGCUGGCCAACUACUCACUCCCCAGGGCAGCGAAGCGGCUGGAGGAGGCCCGGCUGCUCAAGGAGAUUCCUGAGGCCACCAGGACAUCCCAGAGGCAGGAGCUGCACAAAUCCCUGCGGUCCUUGAAUAACUUCUGCAGUCAGAUCGGGGACGAUCGCCCGCUGUCGUACUGCCACUUCAGCCCCAACUCCAAACUCCUGGCCACAGCCUGCUGGAGUGGGCUGUGCAAGCUCUGGUCUGUGCCCGACUGCAACCUGGUUCACACCUUGCGAGGACACAGCACCAAUGUGGGGGCAAUCGUGUUCCACCCCAAGGCCACGGUGUCCCUGGACAAGAAGGAUGUCAGCCUCGCCUCGUGUGCAGCCGAUGGCUCCGUCAAACUCUGGAACCUGGAAAGCGAUGAGCCGGUGGCAGACAUCGAGGGACACAGCAUGAGAGUGGCCCGUGUGAUGUGGCACCCGUCCGGGAGGUUCCUGGGCACCACCUGCUACGAUCACUCGUGGCGCCUGUGGGACCUGGAGGCCCAGGAGGAGAUCCUGCACCAGGAGGGGCACAGCAAGGGGGUCUACGACAUCGCCUUCCACACCGACGGCUCCCUGGCUGGCACAGGAGGCCUGGAUGCCUUUGGCCGGGUGUGGGACCUGCGCACGGGCCGCUGUAUCAUGUUCCUGGAAGGGCACCUGAAGGAGAUCUACGGGAUCAACUUCUCCCCAAACGGGUACCACGUGGCCACAGGCAGUGGGGACAACACCUGCAAGGUGUGGGACCUGCGGCAGAGGAAGUGCAUCUACACCAUCCCUGCCCACCAGAACCUGGUCACCGGCGUCAGCCAACCACGGGAAUUUCCUGCUCACGGGCGCCUACGACAACACGGCCAAGAUCUGGACCCACCCUGGCUGGUCCCCGCUGAAGACCCUGGCGGGGCACGAGGGGAAGGUGAUGGGCCUGGACAUCUCCCUGGAUGGACAGCUCAUUGCCACCUGCUCCUACGACAGAACCUUCAAGCUCUGGACAGCCGAGUAGCUCAGAGGGGGCCGGUUAUGGACUGGGAUGGGGAUGUUGAUGACUUCUGGUUACUUUUUUAUAUUAAAGAAAAAAAUAGGAAUCCAAUAUGUUACAGCAGCUGCAGUCAUGGCUGCUGUGCUUUGUGUUUGAAGCACCAGUGUUGGCCCGAGCCUUUCUGGUGCCUCCCUGUCACUCACAAACCAACCAGCAGCUCCCCCAGCCCUUGUCACGUCCCACAGUCUCAGAGCCCCGUGCUGGGGCUCACAUCCCCUCCUGGGCCAGUCUGUGACAGGGGCUUCCAGUGCUCAGAACGCUGCCCUCUCCUCCAGGGCCAGCUCUGUGCUGCAGCUCACACAGAGCCGUGGCUGCUGGAGUUGGAGCUGGCACAGGGCAGGGUCUGGCUGCUGCAGACAGCAAGGCCAGGGGGCCCGAGCCCUUGAGGCACAGCGUGGCCAGGCAGGCUGCAAGGGAAGGGACAAGGGAAUGAUCCCAGCUCAUUGAGGGAUGCUGGGUUUGCUGAGAUGAGGCAGGGCCACACCAAUCUCCCACCUCCAGGCUCUGCUUGCCUAAGGUGGAUGAGAUGCUCAAGUUCCCUUGGAGAACAGCCCUGGCGCCUGUCUAAUGCUGUGAGCCUGAAGAGCUCCCAAGAGGUCUCUGCCUGCAGCACAAGGGUUACUGAGAACCUGCUGCUAUGGCAGGGCUUGG